CUAGGUAUGAUUGGCGAUUGUUCAAGGGCAUGGCUCAUCUCCCUCUGAUGUUUUCAUCAUCAACAAAGACCAUUGAAUGUUAUGUACUCUUUCAUUCCUCCUCUUUAUACUCUACCCUCGCGCAAAGUUUCUGACCCACAACCGUGGUUACCUUAGCCUCCCCUGCGUGACGGUUAGUAGGUUGAGUAUUACUUCAGCUAAUCCUUCCAACUGACAAGUUUCUGAUGAAGUAUGUGACCCAAAAUGAUUAAGGGUUUGGUGUUGUGUGAGUAGAGGGUUAUGUUUCUACGCAAAUGGUUAACCCAUUUGGUUGGUUGCUUUUUAGUUCCCAUUGCCGUUAUUGCUUCUUUUCGGAAAAUGAAAAAGCUCACACAGGACAUGCCAUUAAUAGUGGUGACACUCGAGGAAUCUUCUUUUCUUGUUGUAAGUUCGAAUCGCAAGAAGAGGAUCAGUCAACAGAAAAUAUUCAAAGAAUAUUUGGCGAAGCUGGAAACAUAAAGAAUAUCUGCAUCCGUGAUCCACGUGCUGUUAGAGAGCUGCAAAAAUACAUAAUAGCGGAGAAGCUGCUGAGUGUUAAGAGGUUUCAAGGUUUUCUUCAUGUUGCUGCAAUGACAGGUGAGAUCUUGAACCUUGGACUUCUCAAAGCUGAAGAGAGGUUCUUCAAGAAUUCUGUAUGUGAGUGGACAUGCACUAGAAUCCAGCCUCCAGCCGGAGAAUUGUGUUCCUGUCAAGCCGUGGAAGCUUGAGGCAGAUGAUACUGCACUCGUGGAUCUUAUUACAUUUCUCGAGUGUGCAUUGUUCAAAUAUGAUGUUGCCUGCCAUCCACCAGCUGAUAUAUGACCAGUAUUGGCGUGUUAUCAAGGACGAGAAUAGGAACUGAAUUUAUUGAGCGUUCUAAAGUACAUCAAAGGUUGCAAGUUCGAAUCACAAGAAGGUAAAAUGACUUCAUCAUCCCCUUCCAGUUAGUGAGGUCACAGAUGCCCAGGUUUUCAUGCAAAUGGAGCUUGAUUUUCCACUCUUUUGGUUUUCCACUCUUUUGGUUUGAAAUUGUGUCCAACUAAUAUACUGUAGUUUUGCACUGUUUUGGUGGAAAUUCUGACAGGAUCGGUCAACCGAAAAUAUUAGAGGUUGCUAAUGGACGGGUUUGGACGGGUUGAAACGGGUCAUGGGUUGAAUACGGGUCAAAUGUAGGCGGGUUGGAAUGGGUCGGGUCAAAUAUUGGUCAAGCCAUACCCAACCCGACUUGUUUUUUUGUUAGUUUUGCACUAAACUUUUUGUGGAUUAUUAUUCGUUUCGACGAGAGAAAUUAGAAAAAUUACACAAUUUUUUUUGGGGAAAAGUGACUUUUUGCAUUAAAAGUGGAUAUUUACUAAAAUAUUUGGGUAAAAGUAAAAAAAUUUAUGUUUUUUGAUUUCUCUCGUUGAGACGAAUCAGUAGUUCACAAAAAUUUGGUACAAAAUUAACAAAAGCUAAAAUUUAAAUAAGGACAAAAUUACUUCCUUUUUUUUUUACUUUGCUUGGUAGGAGUAGGUGGGUAGAACAGGAGAGCGCGAAGUGUACUUUAGUUGUCAACAGAAAAAUGAUUCAGUGUUGCACGCACAUGCGAGCUGAUAGAGAGAAACCAAACAUUUGGGGAACGAUAGGGCUGGUAGGCUGAGUCAUGCUCCUUCAUGGAACGCACGCACCACAGCAGUGUGACGUGUCCCAAUACAUCAAGAAUUGUGGUGUGAGAGCUUGACCCGAUUUUCCAUGUGCCACACGGUCGGAACCGUUUUCACUCAUUCUUACCAUGUUUUGAUCCAGCCCAUAUUGAACCUAUUUCUAAACUCAUGUAAAUUCAUAUUAAACCCAUUUUUAACCCAUUAAAAAUGGAUUUGUACGGUGGAACUCAAUCCGUGGAGUAUGAAAUUGAUCCAUGUUUGUUUGGGUCUCUAGACUCUAGACCUAAUAAAAAACGAGUUUAUACUUGGUAAUGUUUCAAAAUUUAAAAAACUAAAUGGUAAUCUAUAUAUCGUGUAUUCCAUUGGAAUAUUAAAGGUUUUUCAGUUGUAAACUUUAUGUAAUAAAUCUUUACUGUUGGUUAUAUAUAAGAUUCAAAAAUCGCUAAUCCUAAUCAUAUAGAUAAUCCCAAUUAAUCAUACUCCAAAUGUUAUGUUUUUUGUAGAAUUAUCAGGAAAAUAUUAUCAUCAAAUUAUUAAAAGCAGGAACAAUAAACGAUUAUGCACAAUAUUGGCGACAAGUAUGAAAAACAUGAUAUAUCAUCUUAUAUUCCUACACAAGCAUCACACGAAUGUGAGAACAUUUUGACUAAACAAGGUAAAUUUGUGACAACAAAUACAACAAACGUGAUUAAUUUGUUAUAUUUUUGGACUAGACUUGCAACAUGAUAAAUGCAUUGUCUUCAUACACUAAUGUAAAAAACAUGAUUAAUUAAAGUCAUUAUAUAAAUGUUAGAACAUUUUAACAACAUGGCAUAUGUAGAGACCUGUAUUUUUAUUGUAUUGGUAUUAACAGGUGAUUAAUUAUUUGAGAAUAAGCACACAUAAUUUUAUGUAUAAAUAUUCAAACUAUGAUAUUAUCUUAGGAAGAGAAGAGAGAGGACGAGGAUGAGGUCGUCACCGACUCACCCACCAUCACCAGAUUCAUCUCUCUCUCUCUCUGUUUUUGUUACCCUUAAGGAAGAGUUGAUGACGGUGGGGUCGAGGCCGACGGCAUUUUGGUUGUCGUUGGCAUCGGCAUUUGAGGGAGUGUUAUGUCGUUGUCCAUUGAGGAGGUGCAGGGGUUGUUAGGGUUUUGGUGGAGGCAGCAGCAGAGGUAGGAAGAGAAGAUGAGGGUGGACCGACGGUGGAUGUGGUAGUGGUGAAGAAGGGCGGCGACGACGUUAUGGAUGUGGGGGUGAUGGGUGGAGGGUUGGUCGUCGGAGGUGAAUCCGGUGGUGGUUGUUGUGGGUGACGCUGGUGGUGGUGGGUGUCGCCAGAGGUGGUGGGUGAUCUCCUUCUCCUUCUCUCUCUCUCUCUCUCUCUCUCUCUCUCUGUCUCUCUCUCUCUCUCUCUGAUUCAGAUGGGGGAAUUAUUUUCAACAGGUUUGAGUUUUUUUUUGUUUUUUUUUAAAAUUUUGGGUUGUUGCUGACAUAGCGUGGGACCCAGCCGCCACGUCAGCAUCAUGGGUUGGGUCAUGCUCCCUCUAACUAUAUUUAUACCUCUCUCAUUUAUCAUAUUAAUGCUCUCUCUCUCUCUCUCUCUCUCUCUCUCUCUCUCUCUAUAUAUAUAUAUAUAUAUUAAUUUUUUUUCCUUAUUAAUUGUAUAUCUCUCUCCCACCAUUGGUAAGCCUCUUUAUCUCCCUUGGGGUAUACUUUCCGUUAAUUCAUGGUGGGUAUUUAUUUUUCACAGAUUUACCCUCGGUGUCGUAAUCGUUCAUGUUCUUAUUUUUGCGCUUAUUCGAUGAAGGAAAGGACUUACAAAACCUAACUUUUACUAGGGUUUCAAUACCAAGUAAGGGUUAAGUGUUUACAAUAAUCCAUCAUGAAAGAAAUGUAAAUAUAGUUACUAUUACAUCUUCCAAAAGUAUGAUUUACAAAGAUGCAAAGGUAACUCCUCUAAGUCAGCUUUCAAAAGAUGUGAUCAAAAGCUGAUUUACCCAAAAAAAAAAAGAUGUGAUCACGUGCGUGCACGGCACCUUAUGUCACUGUCCUUGAUUAGUAAUAGAAAAUAAUGAAGGAUUGAGCUACACUAGCCUAGUAAAAAAUUCCACACUAACCUUACAUGUAAAUGAGAUGACAAAUAAAAUGAACGAAAAAUAAGAUACAACAACUCUAGUAAGUGAAACAAUCAUAAGCCGAUGAAUUGAUAUCCCACAGUCUUCCAUUUCUAUCAUACUCUCAUAUUAGCAAUCAUUUAAUCAAUCUCGUAUCUCAAGUUCUUUUUUAGUUAUGUGUCAUAAGUGAAUGCUCCUGCCGGGCCUAAUAAGAGAUUCCGAUACCCCCUACAAGACACCUCACCCAUUGGUGGAUCCUGAAUACAUUACGAACGAUUGUUUCUGUUGGGGCUGUUAAGGAAUUCCGAUACCCCCGCCUGGCACAUAACCCGUCAGUGGAUCUAGAAUAUUCUCAUUUUGUAUAUGUGUUCAAGUGUCCUAUUCAUACACAAAUUCAUGCAAAACAUAUCAUAAUCCUCGCGUUAAGAUUUGAUGAAUCAUACAAGUUCAACAAUUUGUGUGUAAGAUACCGUACAUACAAUGAUGCUAUUUGACUCAGCUUUGUUCGUUUUCAAGUUUAUCUUUGUUUUGUUUUUAUUUUCUAAUCAUUAUUUUAUUUCUCCCUCAAUCAUUAUCUUACUUUUUCAAUUAUUAUUUUCAUUUAUCUCUCUAUCUCUCUUUCAUUACCCAUUUUUUCAAUCAUUAUCUUAUUUCUCUCUCCACCAACUAUCAAAAUUAAAAUACUAAAAAAUGGAAACCAAACAAAGGCGAAGUAAGGAAUUUUAUUGGAAACACAACACAAGGUCCCAGUACCUAAAACAGAACCAUGACAGAAGACCUAUUGAUAGGGAUGUUGAUCCUACUGGUACAAAUCGAUUCCAGAAGGGUCAACAUUUUAGACACCGGAGACAAUACCGGAAACCUAGCGAUAGGAGAAAAGGAUCUAUCAGUAGAACCUGGGAAUUUUUCAGUAUUUUACACAAACUAGUAGAUGUGUACGUGCUUUGCACGUGGAGUUCUUUCAAUUAAAAGAAAUUCUACUUUGAAACGAAACGAACCAUUUGCUCUUCCUUUGCGUUAUCUAGACAUCCACUUAGAUGUAGUGAUGUAAUUGUGCAGACAUAUAUAUUUUUUUAAAUUGAAACAAAACAAACCAUUUGUUUCA